GACGAUAUAUUGUCUCAGAAAUUAUUGUGAUAAACGAUAUUAUUGUUGACGUCUUUUCAAGACAAUUUUAUGCCACUAGUAAAAUAAUAAUGAUCAUGCAAAUACACCCUUUCAUAGAACAGUAAACUUUUUAAUUAAGUCAACUUAUUCAAUUCAACAGUGGAACGUAAAAAAUAAAUCUAAAUAAAUAAGCCAAAGAAAUAAAACAACAAUCAAACAAAACCACUCACAACAAAAACAAUAAAUAAAAUACAAUUUAUGGCUCUUAAAAAUUGCACUGAAGUGAAUAUUAACUUGGCACAGGGUAAUAAAAAGACAUUCUUUUCUUCACAGGCAACAUUAUGCCAAUCCAGUUUCUCAAAGAUUAGUACCCAGAUCAACAAAAAGUGCAAAGUAACAACGUAUUGCCAGCUGUCAUUUGGAUAAAAGUUACAACAAUUAGAACGAGAUAACAUGUAGGCAAGGGCGUAGGUUUGGUAUUAACAUUGGUGGGGACAAAAAUCCAAUGCCAACCCCCAGUGGUGCCAACUUCAGGUCAACAUUAGAGGGUCACAAUAUUUUGCUCCGUUGUGUUCCACCAAAAGAGUCUCCAUCAUCUCUCCAAAGGCCAGACUUUUAACAUUUGAAGUUCAGAACUGUAGUAAUUCAUGAAUAAUAAUAAUAAUAAUAAUAAUAAUAUGAAAUCCAUUUGAUUAACUGCAAAUCUUGCAUGUGAUGAUGAACUCAUUCUACCAAUUUGCAAAUGUGUUUUCCAAGCGAAUACCGCACUGACUGUCGGGAGGGUGUAUGUUCCUUUCCCUCAUAAAUGGAAAUAAAACCAUUCCGGAGCCUUAAACACUGCGUUCCAUGAGGCUGGCAGGGGGAGUCGCUCUCUUCUGUGGGAUCUUUAACUAGUUUUAGAAUGCUAGUUUAAGCUGAUAUGUGAUUGAUCUAACGGUAAAACAGCACGAGGGCUCGAGAACUUUGACAGGUUACAAUUUUACUUGGCAACAGAAUGUAUCUGAAUUCUGAUUGGUUGUUGUAUCUGAAUUCUGAUUGGCUGUUGUUAUAUUAUUGCCCUUUUGUUGUGUUCUUGAGCCCAGAGUGGGGGGAGGGGGGAGUGACAGGGUUCUACAGAGAAAAGUUUUCACUGCAACCGAACUGCUGUUUUUGUGACCACGCCCCCAGCGCGGAUAUUCAUGUUCACAUUGUUCAGUUUGUUUUUCUCUUUUAUUUUAGAUUUCUGUUAUCUGACUCUGGAUCCCAACACGGCAUAUUGUGAGCUCAUUCUGUCUGAGAAGAACAGAGCGGUGAGAUGGAGUGAGAGAGAGCAGCGUUACUCUGAUCAUCCAGAGAGAUUUGAUUACUGGCCUCAGGUGUUGUGUAAGGAGAGUGUGUGUGGACGCUGUUACUGGGAGGUGGAGUGGAGCAGUGCUGAUGGUGUGGACAUAUCAGUCUCAUAUAAAGACAUCAGCAGGAAAGGACGGGGUAAUGAGUGUGUGUUUGGACUCAACAAUCAUUCCUGGAGACUGUGGUGUUCUUCUUCUUCUCUCUCUUUCUGUCACAACCACAUUAAGACUGUUCUCAGAGUUCCAUCACCCUCCAGAAUAGGAGUGUAUGUGGAUCACAGUGCAGGAACUCUGUCCUACAGCGUCUCUGACACGAUGAAGCUCCUCCACAGAGUCCACACCACAUUCACUCAGCCUCUAUACGCUGGGUUUGGACCCUACUGGGUUUCUGGUUCUACAGUGAGAUUGUGUGAUCCAGAAUAAAAGUGUGUAGUGUUUUCUGUAAAAUUCCUGCACGUUGUCACGUUGUUGCUCAGUCGUCUGUUUCACUAGAACACAAUCCAGCUGCACAAAAACACUCAUUUUAAUAUUUAAAUUAAAAACAGAUUAAUAAUUUAAAAUCAUUAAAAAGGAAAUGUUAAAAAUUAACUGUCAGACAAGAAACUCGUCAAAUUUAAAAAGAAAAUGAUCUCAUGACCUUCGCAUUAUAAAGUUGUGUUUGCUUCAUAUUAAGCAGCGUCUCAUUAAAUAACUAAUAAACAGUAAUAAAGCCAGAACAGAACAACAUUUUAAACCUGUUCAGGUCACACUAUAUAAAAAUAAAACAUCACUUUUGGAA